AUGGACCAGCCCACGCCAGAAAGCGGGGCCACAGGCGGAGGAACGAGGAAGGGAAAAGGGAAUGCGGAGAAAGGUGGCAGAGGACCCCAAGGAGGAGGGAAGCGAGACGCCAGAAGACAGAGCAAGAGCAAAAGAGGCGCAACAGGGGCGAGAGACCCGCGGGAGGGAAAACCAGGAAAGGACGGCAACAAGGAGAAAGGGAGAGAGGAAACGAAUGCAGAGAGGCAACAAACAGAGACAGAGGAGACCGGGCGCAACAGGGCAGGGGAAGGCAGCGGUGAAGGUGGAGACCACACACCAAAGGGGACACAGCCAACAGGGGAGCAGAGGCAGCGGAAAACCAGGGGAGGGGGCGGCAGCCAAGAACGGGCAGGCGAGAUGAGAAGAGAGGAGGGGGGGCGUGCGGGUGGGGAGGAACCGCAGCGGGAACACAGGGGGCCAGGCAGGAGACAAGGGGAAGGCGGAACAGGGGCCAAGCACACGGGCGAGGCGACAGAGCAGGAGAAGAAGAGGGACGGGAGGCGGGGGACCAACCCGAAGGGGCCGCGGGCAGAGGGAGGGGUGAGCCUGCCACCUGAGAAGCAGGAGGAGAGGGGGAGGCAGAGAAGGGAGGGCGGGAGGGCCCGGGGGAGAGGGCGGACCAACAAGGAAGCGACGGGAAAGAGAGGCGAGGAGGAGAGGCGGGAGGCCCGGGGGGAAGGAGGGGGGGACGGGGGCACCGAGACCCAAGCGCGGGGGAGCAGAUAA